CAGUGGGCGGAGCCGCGGCCCAACGCUGCUGUACGAUACUACCGAGCCUUUGGAUUCCUAAAAACGGAAGAAUUAAGCGUAAAACCGUGAGAAAAUAUUGAAAACGAACCGGAACGGCAGCAUUAGCUGACCUGCAGCUAUGGACCCGUCUUUACCCCCCGACCCGAACCCUGAGCCUGAACCCAUCCCAGACGUGACUCCACCGGCAGAUGCUGCUCAGGAGUCACCCGUUGAACCCUCGGAUUCAAUUCCACAAUCAUGCGAUGAACUGAUUUCAGGUCCGACCCUAGAACCAUGUCCAGAAUCAACUCCAGCACCAGAAAUGACCCCGGGAUCGAUCCCAGCGUCUCCUCCCGCUGCAAACACCUACAAGAUCAUGACCUUCAGACCCACCAUGGAAGAGUUCAUGGACUUCAAGAAGUAUAUCGCUUAUAUGGAGUCACAAGGAGCUCACCGCACUGGCCUGGCAAAGGUUAUUCCACCGAAAGAGUUUAUACCACGUCGUACCUACGAGACGAUCGAGGACAUGGUCAUUCCUGCCCCCAUCAUGCAGGUGGUGACAGGGCAAUCGGGACUCUUCACGCAAUACAACAUCCAGAAGAAAUCGAUGACGGUCGGAGAAUACCGCAAACUGGCCAACAGUAAAAAAUACUGCACCCCUCAACACAAAGACUUUGACGACUUGGAGAGGAAAUACUGGAAAAACCUGACGUUUGUGUCGCCCAUCUAUGGUGCUGAUAUCAGUGGGUCGCUUUAUGACCCGGACAUCAAAGAGUGGAACAUCGCUCAUCUGGACACACUUCUGGACAUGGUCGAGCAGGAGUGCGGGAUCGUCAUAGAGGGCGUCAACACGCCCUACUUGUACUUCGGCAUGUGGAAAACCACGUUUGCCUGGCACACGGAGGACAUGGACCUCUACAGCAUCAACUACCUGCAUUUUGGGCAGCCAAAAUCCUGGUAUGCGAUUCCUCCCGAGCACGGCAAGAGACUGGAGAGGCUGGCACAAGGUUUUUUCCCGGGAAGUUCUCAGGGCUGCGAUGCGUUCCUCCGUCACAAAAUGACCCUCAUUUCUCCCUCCAUCCUGAAGAAAUACAGCAUCCCCUUCGACAGGGUCACUCAAGAAGCGGGCGAGUUUAUGAUCACGUUCCCGUAUGGUUAUCACGCCGGGUUCAACCAUGGCUUCAACUGUGCAGAGUCCACCAACUUCGCAACGCUGCGCUGGAUCGACUACGGCAAGAUGGCCACACAGUGCUCUUGCCGUAAAGACAUGGUGAAGAUCUCGAUGGACGUGUUUGUGCGCUGCCUGCAACCCGACCGCUACGAUCUGUGGAAACAGGGAAAGGACAACACGGUCCUGGACCAUCUAAAACCCACAACCCUCACCUGUCCUGAGCUGGAGCACUGGAGAAAAACCAGAGUCACGUACAAAGAGAAACUACUGCGAAGGACGCAGGCGAAGGUGAAACAGUUCCGGCGUCUGAAGCUGGAAGAGAUGAAGGUCCUGGCGGAGGAGGGGAUCGAGCUGGAUAUGACCGAGUACAUGACGAAGGUGGAGGAGAAAGAGGAGCAGAGGAGGAAGAGGAAGGAUGAACGGAUGGACCGCGAGGCUCUCCUGACCCUGGAGGCGCUGGAGAGAGAGGAACAGGAACAGGCCGAGGCGGCGCUACGGGAAACAGGUAAUGAAAACAGGAACGUUAUAACGUACUUUAAAAUUGAUUUAAAAAUUCUUAAUAUUUAUCUGUGUCGUCUUACGCCAGGUGAAGAUGAAAAACCAGAUACCAAGGAUCUUAUAUUGGAAAAUGAUCAGCAGAAAAAGAGGAAAAAGAAGAAGAUGAAGAAUCCCGAUGAAAUCAGCUUCCAGGAGGCGUUUGAACAUUUCACUACAAAUGACCAUCAAAACCAAAAUGGCCUACAGAUAAGUCCCUUCACAAAACUAAAGAAGAAGGUAGAGGUGAAGAAGAGCCGACGGCAUCCGCUCAGCAAGCCACCCAUGAGGGCACCGCACUCCAUAGUCAAACAGGAAGCCUCCAGCGAUGAGGAGCUGUACGGUGGAUUGCCAGUAGGUGGAGGUGUGGAACCGGACGUCAAGAAGACGCAAGAUAGCGAUCUGUGGCAAAACAGCUUGCCCAAUUUCAUAGCUGAGAAACAGUUCAACGCUGCCAUGGCAUCCAUCAAGCCACACUGCGCCGUAUGCGUGCUCUUCUGUCCGUACACGCAGCCUCUGAAGGAUCCCGCCCAUCUCUUAGACACACCCGGGCCGGCAUCCAAGGUCGGUUCUCGCAGUCGUCCUCUGCUUCCAGAGAUGUGUUUCAGUGUGGGGGCUGAGAACACCGAACCUCUCCCAUCGAAUUCCUACAACGGUGAAGAUGGUACCAGCGUCCUGCUGUCCUGCGCAAGCUGCAGUCUACAAGUUCAUGCUAGUUGUUAUGGCGUCAACACCGAUAUAAAGCAGGAGAGCUGGAUGUGUUCUCGAUGUAGCGUGCAGGCGUGGACGGCCGCCUGCUGUUUGUGCAGUUUAAGAGGAGGGGCUUUGAAGAAAACCACAGAUGACAGGUGGGUUCACGUGAUCUGUGCCGUCGCCGUUCCCGAGGUUCGAUUCGUGAAUGCAGUGGAGCGAGAGCCGGUGGACGUGACCGCUGUCCCGGACACCAGGAAGAGUCUGAAGUGCGUGUACUGUCACAAGACGACCAAACAGAACUUCGGCGCAUGUAUCCAGUGCUCUGCCGACAACUGCUCCACGUCCUUCCACGUCACCUGCGCCCUCCUCGCCGGGGUGGUGAUGAAGCCUGCCGAUUGGCCGUACGUGGUGUCAGUGACCUGCCACAAACACAAACAGACCAAUCAGAAGGUCAAAGGCAACUCCCGUGAUGUGUCUCUGGGUCAGGAGGUCAUAGGCAAGCACAGUAACGGCUGGUUCUAUCGCUGUACCAUCACCGGGAUCGGUUCCCAGAGCUUUUACGAGGUCAAUUUUGAUGAUGGUUCCUACUGUGAUAACGUCUUUCCGGAAAACAUACUGAGUCACGACUGUCUACGGAACGGUCCUCCAGAUCUUGGAGAAUUUGUGGUGGUCAAGACGUUAGACGACCAGAUACUUAAUGCAUCUUUUAUUAAGGAACACGUCCAUAGGAAGUACCAGGUUGAGUUUCAGGAUGAGACACAGCUCCUACUGAAACGAAGUGAGAUUCACUCUCUGGACCAAGAACUGCCCAAGAGAGUCUUGUCUCGUCUGGCAACUGUGAACCAACAGCAACCUCAGGCCCAGCCAUCAGAUGAACCUCUGGCCGCAAAGCGUCCACGUUUGCCGACGCCGCCUCCCACACUAGCAGUCGAAACCCCGGAGCUACCUCCUGAAUUAGUCUCUGCUUUCCUGCCCAGCAGUAUUACUCCAAACACCAGCACUGCCCCCUGCCUUCCUCUUGCAACCACACUGCCCGCCCCAUCCCCUCAACCAGAACCCAGCGAAACCUACUCGCACAGUUCCAGCUAUGUAGCCUACAUGGAGUCUCUCCUAAACUCGGACUUUCCCCCAGAUGAUGGCGAACAAGGCGGCGAGCCGAUGUAUUAAAGCUCUGACCGCCCGCCUCUACUGCAUGUUUCAUUAUUCUCGCUGUUGUGCUAAUCUGAGUCUCGCCGCCAUCUAACUAAGCGCUGUGAUUUCAGACAAUUAAAACGGACCCAGUACAUCACCUUGGGGAACGCCGCACUCUUCCGACCCUUCAACGAUCCAUCUCUUUCUCUUGGAAAGAGGCGCCAGAAUUUUUUUUUUUUGGAAGAAAUUAUCACACAUUGUAUGUGCCGUUUACUUUAUACCUGAUUUUCUGUAACGAGGACUAAAUAUUUUUCUAAAUCAAGCCAAAUGUUACGCUAACCGGUCAUUUAUCAAAUAGACAGUCUAUAUCUGUACAGUUUCAGGUAUUUUUCUCAAUGCUCAAGGGUUGGGGGUCACAGGAAGUGUUUAGGCUGUGGGAUUUAAGGAGUAUUUAAAUGUCUUUUGUCACAUAUAGAUUUAAUAUUUGUAUAAAGAAAUGACAGCAUCAAAAGCUAUGGCUUCUAGUUAGCGUACACAUUUGUGUUACGAUAGAUUUGAGCGUCUUUAUGUAUCUUUCUGUCAAUUAUAAUCACCGAUUUAACAUUUUUCAGCACCAGGUGAAUGGGUUUGUUUUUGUAGAAUACUUGGUAUACGUAGACGUUGAUAUUAAAUACUAUUCACCCGUCUGUUUUUAUUCAAAUUACUGUUGUUGUUGUUAUUAUUAUUUUUUUAUUUCUAUCGAUUUUUAUUUGAUGAUAUAAAAAAGAGGUGAAACUUCGAUAAUGUUGAAAUGAAAAAAGUUUAAUUUUAUCAUUUAUAUUCACAUAAAUUGGAAAGUAUAGGCAUUAAACAGAUAUGAGAGUCGCCUACUCAAGGUGCUAUUGAAGUCCUAAACUACUGAGGGCUUUUUGGGUCACAUGAUCCACGAGGUGUACAUACUAGAUGUCCUAUGAAAUGGCUGUUUUCCCUCAGUGUACCUUCUUAAGUCUUAUUAGAUCUUCUGCCACGUCACCUUCAAAUAAAGGGUCUGAAACUGGCUUUACUUUAUGAUUUGGUUUCAGUUUUCUUUGGUUUUGCUCGACGCCUUGCAGCAAAGGUGCUUCCAGCCUCAGUUUGCUUUAUUUCUUUAUGAAGUUUUAGCUGAAUAAUUGUCAAAGAUGCAAAAUAGACACUGUUUAUUUUAAAGGAUGUUACAUAGAGCCAAAGCAGUACAUCCAUUGAGUUCAGUUUGACAGAUUCCCUCAUAUCUCACAACUGGUAUUAAGGAAGAAAAGAUGAUGAGGGUCUCUGGCAUUUGUACUCGUUUGAUCCUGAGGUUUUUGGUUUGCGUUAACACAGGUGCAAAUUCAAUGACAAACCACAACAGGUCACAUAUUGAUGACGGCAAGUGUUUAUCUGUGCAGAAGUACUAGGAAAGAUUCUAAUAAAAUGUGAAGUGAAACUGU